AUGGGUAUGACUAAAGAGAUUCUCUCGGCAGGCAACGGCCCAAAGCCCACGAAAGUUGCGUCCGUGACGGUUCAUUGCGCGGGAUACGGUAAGAACCGCGACCCGCAGCAGAAGUUCUGGAGCACAAAAGAUCCUGGUCAGACACCAUUCACGUUCGCCGUCGGACUGCAGCAAGUGAUCAAGAGAUGGGACGAGGGUGUGCAGGACAUGCAGCUGAACGAGAAGGCCCGACUCACGUGCACGUCUGACUAUGCGUAUGGCGCGGAUGGGUUUCCAGCCUGGGGAUAUCCUUUCAACUGCUUUUUAUAG